CCCAUCCGCGUCUCUCUUCAUCGUUUCAAUUUCACAGAUACGGGGAAGACUUUUUGCAGGACUGCGAUUUCUGUUUACAUCAAUGGCUGAAGAAGGGCAAGUGAUUGCGUGUCAUAAGAUAGAUGAAUGGGAGGGACAAUUAGGAAAAUGGAAGGAUUCUGAGAAACUGGUUGUGGUGGAUUUUACUGCUUCCUGGUGCGGGCCAUGCCGGGCAAUUGCUCCAUAUUUCACAGAAUUGGCUAAGAAUAACCCAAAUGUCGCUUUCCUGAAAGUCGACGUUGACGAAUUGAACAGUGUUGCUAGCAAGUGGGAGAUUAAUGCAAUGCCAACGUUUGUUUUCCUGAAAAAAGGGAAAAUAAUUGAGAAGAUCGUUGGUGCUGAUAAAGUGGGGCUGUCGAAGAAAAUAUUAGAGCUUAGUGGAACUACUCCCGCUGCUACUUCUACUGCUUAGACAGUCUGCUUGGAGGAUGUGAUCCCUCUGGUGCAAUGGUGAUUCCGCUUUGGAGUUUGAUCUAAUUGUGGAUGAAACUGUGUCUAAAAGAUGUUAAUUGUUUGGCCUUUUGGGUUUUCCCCUUUUUAAGUUUGGAUCAUGUGCGCACCUCUCAGUUGUGAUUCUGGUGCUAGAAGCUUCAGGUUUCAAUGUGGAAUAAAUGGGGGCACCUGCUCUGAAAUUGAAUGACAUUUUUGCACACUUUUCAUUAUUCUUCUGUAAGAACUUGAAUUCACUGUUUUUUUUUAAUCUAAUUCUUCGUAGCAGUACAGUGAGAUGUUCUUUCA